CCAUAACCCUCUCUUCAAAUCACUCUCAUUUCGCCACUGUUUCAGACCCUCUGUUCUUCCACUCUUCCAUUUAUUUCUUGAUUUUUUUUCCUUUGGGGUUUCUUGUGAUGGAGGCUCUGGUUCAAGAAUUGUUUACCACGCAAAAUGAUUUCGUCUACAACCACCACUCAAAACCAGUGAAUCAGGGGAAGCAGAGAUUCAACCUUGUUGAGAGAUCUGCAGGCGAAGGGGAGGAAGGGCCGGAAGGGGACUACUCCGAUGCGAUUCUCAAGUACAUUAACCAGAUGUUAAUGGAGGAGGAGGACCUGGAGAAUCAGCCUUGCAUGUUUCGCGACUGCAUGGCUCUCCACGCCACCGAGAAAUACUUCUCCGACGUGCUUAACGGCUCCUCGGGCGAAAACUCGCAUGUAUCCAUCACCCCCAGUUUCGCGGGGAGUAGUCCCAGCACCUGUUCAUCUGAUCUCAACAAUGGCGAUUCAGAUUUAAGCCCUCAGUUUCAGAGCUCCUCCAAUGGCUUCCCCGACUCUUUGUUCAGUCACUAUGCAAGCACAGGAGCAGCAAUAGGCCUUCCAAAUGACAGUAAUAUUCUCAAUCUGAGCGAGGGGGAAAAUUCGCCGUCCAAGGGGAAAAGAAACCAUUACUACUACUCCUCCUCCGACAAUGGUUCUGCAGAAACGCAGAGAAGCAACAAACACCUGGCGAGUUACGCCCCGGCCGAUGAACCGGAGCCAUUAGAGAUGUACGAUGAUGUUUUGCUGUGUUCCAAGAAGAAAAACAGCAAGACUGAGUUACAGCAGAGGGGGCAAUCCAAGGGAGGGGGGAGAAACCGCCGCGGCAAGAAGAAAGAAAGCCAGAAGGAGUUCGUGGACCUCAGCGGCUUACUGACUCAAUGUGCACAGGCCAUGGCAAGCUAUGAUACCAGGACGGUGACUCAGCUUCUGAAGAAGAUAAGAGACCACUCUUCCCCUCAAGGAAAUGGCCAUGAACGAAUGGCGUUUUAUCUCGCCAAUGCGCUCGAAGCGCGAUUGAAUGGAACAGGGACGGCAUUGUAUAUAUCUAACUCUCCCAGCAAUAUCUCAGCUGCGGAUAUCUUGAAAGCUUAUCAGAUGUAUAUCACGGCGAGCCCUUUCAAGAAGGUGUCGAACAUGUUCGCCAACAGAUAUAUCAGGAAGGUUGCAGCCGGAGCACCGAGGCUACACAUAAUUGAUUUCGGAAUUCUGUAUGGAUUUCAAUGGCCCUGCCUUAUUCAAGGUCUCUCGACGAGGCCGGGCGGGCCUCCGAGGCUUCGGAUUACCGGAAUAGAUUUUCCCCAGCCGGGGUUCCGUCCGGCGGAUAGAGUGAAGGCCACCGGCCGUCGCCUGGACAAUUACUGUAAGAGAUUCAAGGUCCCGUUUGAGUUCAAAGCGAUAGCACAGAAAUGGGACACGAUAAAACUGGAAGACCUAGAAAUCGACAGGGACGACGUGCUGGUGGUGAACUGCCUGGACCGGCUGGGAAACGUGCCGGACGAGACGGUAGUGCCGGAUAGUCCGAGAGACAUUGUACUGGAUCUGAUCAGGAAGAUCAAUCCCGAUGUGUUUAUCCAUGGAGUCGUGAACGGCACAUACAACACGCCGUUCUUCGUCACGCGAUUCCGGGAGGCGCUCUUCCACUUCUCCUCCCUGUUCGACAUCUUUGAGGCGACAGUGCCGCGUGAGGACAAGGACCGGCAGCUGUUCGAGGAAAUGCUGUAUGGAAGAGAUGCGUUGAACGUCAUAGCUUGUGAAGGAUCGGAGAGAGUGGAGCGGCCAGAAACGUACAAGCAAUGGCAAGUUAGAAGCCUGAGAGCCGGAUUCCGGCAGCUGCCGCUUGAUCAAGAGAUUACCAACUGCGUAAAGGACAAAGUGAAAUCGGAAUACCACAAGGAUUUCUCCAUUGAUGAAGAUGGGAAAUGGUUGUUGCAAGGAUGGAAAGGGAGGGUUCUUCAUGCAGUCUCAUGUUGGAAACCUAUUAACUAGUACGAUUCCCGAAAUCAAUAUUGUUAGAGAUUAAGAUUCGGAUUGGAAUCAUGCCCGUAGAGUUUGACUCCGAGCACAAUUGAUCCUCCAAUCUUACAGAUGCAUUAGUAUCCUCCUACUCGAGGAUCUUGCAGUUACAUUAGUAGCCUGCACUAAGUUGUAUUCUUUUAUUCCUCAUUUUUGGUUGCUUACUACUUACUAGGAGCAGUCUAAGAAUUCCAUUUUUAUGUUAUAAUCC